AUGCCUUCGAUUUCAGCCUUUAUCGUUAUAUUCAUCCUUCUUGCUUUCCUCCUACACUCAUGGCUGUCCAAAAUGAAUAUCAAAAAGUUGCCUCCGGGUCCAAAAGGAUUCCCCAUUAUUGGUACCAUCCAUCUAUUGAAAAAGCUUGUUCAUAGAGAUCUUCAUCACUUAUCUCAACUCUACGGUCCCAUAAUGCACAUGAAAUUGGGACUCAAAUCCACUAUUAUUGUGUCUUCCUCUCAUGCUGCUGAGCUCUUCCUCAAAGCCCAUGACCCAGUUUUUGCAGGCCGCCCAAUUCGUUUAACCUUCAACCAACUGAGUUACCACCAAAAAAACAUAGCCUUUGCUCAAUAUGGCCCUUAUUGGCGCAAUAUGCGCAAAAUAUGCAUACUUCAAUUGUUUACAACUCUCAAAAUGAACUCUUUUACGUCAAUGAGAAGAGAAGAGGUUGGUUUGUUGAUUGAUCAUCUUCAAGAGGCUGCAAAAAUGCAUGGUGUUGUGGAUCUUAGCUCUAAAAUCUCGUCUCUUAUUGCUGAUGUGAUUUGUAGAAUGGUGUUUGGGAGAAAAUUUGUAGAGGAAGAGUUUAAGGCUUCCAUACAUGAGGCCACUCUCUUGGUUGGAGCUCCUAACUUGGGGGAUUUUAUUCCUUUUAUCUCAAUGCUUGAUCUCCACGGGUUAGGACGUCGUGCAAAAGGUGUUACUAAAGUCUUUGAUGGAUUCCUUGACAUCAUUAUUAAACAACAUCUCGAGUCCAAUGACGAAAAUCGAACAAAGAGUUGUUUUCUAGAUGUUUUGUUGGAUUCCAAGAUUGAUCACUCGAGUAUCAAAGGCGUAAUUAUGGACUUGAUUAUUGGAGGAGUGGAUAGCUCAAGAACUGCAAUCGAUUGGGCAUUAUCCGAGCUAAUCAAGCAUCCCCAUGCAAUGAAGAAGGUACAAAAGGAAUUAGAAAACGUGGUUGGUUUAGGCAAAAUGGUGGAAGAAUCAGAUUUGAGAGAGCUGAAAUACUUAGAGAUGGUCAUAAAGGAGACCUUUAGAAUGCAUCCUCCCAUACCAUUAAUUCCACGCAUGUGUAUUGAAGAUUGUAUUGUCAAUGGGUAUCAUAUUCCUAAGAAUUCCGAGGUACUAAUAAACAAAUGGGCAAUUGGACGAGAUGCAUGUGUUUGGUUUGAUCCUCAAACUUUUUUCCCCGAAAGAUUUGCGGAUAGAAAAAUGGAUAUGAGAGGGAAAGAUUUUCAAUUGCAUCCAUUUGGGUAUGGGCGCAGAAGUUGUCCCGGAAUGCAAUUAGGAUUGGUUUUGGUUCAAUUGGUUGUUGCUCAAUUGGUGCAUUGCUUUGAUUGGGAGCUUCCAGAUGGUAUAUCACCAAGUGAAUUGGAUAUGACGGAACAAUUUGGUUUAACUUGUACCAGAGCUCAUAAUCUUAGCAUCAUUCCCAUCGGUCGUGCUCCUAAUUGAGUUUUUUUAGUUUAU